CCGGCGCGCCGUGCGAGCGUUUAUAUCAUAGAGUAAUCACUCUAAGGUUUGUAUACAGUGUCCGCGUUUAAUAUUACUCGUACAGGUAUAAUAUUAUUGUGUUACCGCCUGUCAGUAAAAAUAAUAUUUAAUUUGAAAAAUAAAAACCUUAUCACGGUAAAUGACUCGGCAAUGAUAACGUGCGCGCGUUUAAGAUCGGCACAUACCUAUUCUAUAUUAGGGGAAACCAGAAAGCUCAUAUUUUAGAAGACUCCACGGCUAGCAAAAAAAUAACCAUGUUAGCGGGAUUGCCGAAAAAAAUAACAAGGUCGGUGUCGAACAUUUCAGCGAUGCGCAGCAAGAAUGAAUCGACGAUGAUGACGCCAACGCGCGGCUUGUCGGAAGUGGCGAGCGCCGAAAUGUCGUGUUACGGCGUGUUCCGCAAACUGGAAUCCGUCCGUGGCGGGGGAGAGCGCAUCACAGCCGGCCGGCCGCCGCAGUCACGACUGUCCGUGGCCGUGCCGUCAUCGCCGAUAACGCCAGUCAGUCCGCGAGUGUCAGCGUUCGCGUACGUUACCGCAGCGGCCGACGACGACGACCACGACUGUUGUAAUUUUGACCGUGAAACGUAUUCGGUGUUCGGUUGUGACGCGGCCACGGCGGUUACUACGUCGACCACGGCCACGGUUACGACGGACGCGGCUUCCACUGGUGGCCGCGACGACUGCGGGCUGAGCGACUUCGGCGGUGCGGUUGCUUGGGACGACUACGACUACUGCUGUAGUGCGGCCACCGCGGUGGAUACAACGGUCGAUCUCCGUGGGGGCGCAGCCGCCCCAUUCAGUCACACCGCAAUGGGCUCGACCACCAAGCUCGUGGGUAUCGAUGCCAACAGCGAUGACACGCCAAAGAUAUAUUGCUGCAAAUCAAAUUGUCUGCAGAGUUUUGGCACGCUGUUGAUGACCGUCUCACUGACAUUAAGUCUUGCGAACGUCAUACGACUGCCCCGGAUGGUGUUUCUGUACGGAGGCGGUACAUUUUUGGUAUCAUAUCUCGCGGUUGCCAUUGUGUUUGGAGUUCCUCUCUUGUUUUUGGAGAUAACGCUCGGUCAGUUUUGUCAACAGGGCACCACUAAGCUAUGGAGAGCCGUGCCUCUGCUAAAAGGUGUCGGGUUCGUCAAAGUUUUGGCGUCCGUGUUACUUGCCGCGUACUACCCGAUAAUCAUGGCACUAUCGUUAUUUUACGGUUCGCGCAGUAUCAUCGGAAGUAUCCCGUUUCCGGAAUGUAGCAAUUCCAUCAGCUUUUAUCAAGGAGUGAAUUCUAACGCUAUUAGUAGUGACCAAUGUCUUCAGCAGACUUUUAUAAAACCACCGCACUUAAGCUGGCAGUGGAUUGCGAUGGACGUUUUGCUUAUACUACUUAUUUGGAUCGUAGUCGUGAUAAGCCUGAUAAAAAACAGUAAAUCCUACAGAACAGUGGCAUUACUUGUCGUACCUGCAACGUUUGUAACGAUUGCGGUUUUAUUGGUCAAAGGACUUAAUGCAAAUCAACGAGGAUUGGAUAUGCUGCUAGACAUUCAAUGGGAAACUUUGUGGAAACUAGACAUAUGGUAUCAUGCUGUAGUACAAUUUUUUUUCACUACUCAUUUGGGAUUUGGUAAUAUCACAACUAGUGCGGGUCGAUUGUACUCAAAGUCUAAUCCUUUUUGGACUUCGGUAAUGCUUACGGUGGUCAGCAUCGUAGUCGGCUUGUGUAGCGUUUCAAUAGUUACAAUGUGGAUAUAUGAUGUGCAAUUACAAGUCGGACAGAAAAUGCUGUCUUCGACGGCUCUAUCGGAAGUCUGGUUCCUGACAUUUGUGUACGAAUUGACGACCAGAGGCAUCCUAUCUGAUCUGUGGGCCGCUUUGGUCUAUGCACUGGUGUUCCUUUCCGGAUUCCUGAGUCUGAUAGCGGCCAUUUACACUGCUAUCGUAGGGCUGUCUGUGGAGACCAAGGAAAAAUGGAAGUGGUGGAUAUUGACUUGCAUGGUUUGUUUUAUCGCCUUCUUGGUGGGUGUCCUGUGCCUUUUGCCCGAAAACCUUCAAGCCGUUCACUUGCUGGAUGAGUACAUCAUUGGUCGCAUGGUGGUCACAUCCACGGUGCUGGAACUAAUUGCUUUCGUCUGGAUUUACGGGCUGGAAUCACUAUCCAACGACUUCGAGUUUGUGCUUGGAUACAAACUGUGCUUCGUGUGGAAAUUUGUGUGGCUGGGCACUCCGAUUUUGUUUAUGGUGUUUGAGUUUUGGAGUCUGUUCGUGAUGCCGCUAACUGAGUCUGAUUAUAGCUCCCAUGAUUCCAUGUGGCUGUACGUGAUCGGUUGGAUCGUUUACCUGUUCAUGUGGUCGAUGAUAAUCGGCAUAGCCGUGUGGCAGAUAUCUGCUCAGGUGGAUUACAACUUUUCGCAAAAAUUCCUGAGUACCAUCAAACCGGCGCGGAACUGGGGUCCGGUGGACCCAAUAUAUAGACACUGUUGGGUGCAGUGGAAGAAACAGUACCAGGUGACAGGUGAGAGGGACUUCACGCUGAGGCGACGUGGUACCAAGGACUACACGCAUUCCAUCAAGCGGGGCAAACACGCUGCACCUCCAGGCACGGCAUAUAGUGUCAGCCCUACGUCGUUGGAUCGUACGUCAUCAUGUUACAGCAUCGAUGGUGUUGGAGGUUUGUCUCGUCAGCACUCUUCUGAUCAACAAUCACAACAUCAACAACAACAACAACAAAAAAACCUUCAUCAGUAUCACUACAACCACACAAUGGCCGACCAAAGGCGGUGGACCGCCGCGGAACCCAAAAACAGCGGCGGGAGUUCUAUCAAUUAUAUGUGAUCUAAAACGACUAGUUUUCAUCAUGUGCGUUGUAGUUAUAUUAUUAUACGUUAGGAUAUUUUAUUUUAUUUAUUUAUAUGGAAAUGAUAACGUAUUGAAGUAUCUGAUUUGUAUGAAUUUUUUUCUCUACUUGCGCAUCGUGUUAUCUUUUGAAUUUUUAUAUGAUAUAUUAUAUUAUGAACUAUCCUUAUUUUAAAAAGAAUUAAGAGAGACUUAUAUACUUUUGUUUUGUUUUUUUUUUUAAAUUUUUACUCAACAAAUGUGUGCUACAACUAAUAUUGUUUGUUUUAAAUCUAACCAUGGUAUGAAUGUUUUAUGUCCACAUCAAAACCAUUGAAUUAUAAUUAUCAAAUAUUAUCUAAGUCUCUCCAGAGUUUAGAGUAAGGUAUAGGAUUAAUUUAAAGUUACCAUCAUUGAUAAACAUGACGACUUUUUUAUAGUCAAACGACUGCGGGUUUUAUUUACACGUGUUUUUUAAAGGACUGAUUUGUACAUAUUUUUUUUAUUUAAGUUGUUCAAAGGUUUAACAUGUAAUUACGUUGACCUUUAUUUUUUAUUAGUGACUAUAUUAUUAUAAUGACGAUGUAAAUAAUAAUAUAAUAUAUUAUGAUUAAGUUGUUUAUGAAA